AUGGUUCAGCAAUAUUGCAACAUGAGUAUGUCGCUGGAUGAUGGUUGUUUGACAUCCUUGCCCCUUUGCCCUAAUACCCUUCGACACCCGCCUAAUCGUAUACUCUUUCCAGUCGACGUUCCUUCAACGAAUCCUAUUUCCGGCCAGCUCCGCCACUCCGCCAUCGCUGCCCCUUCGUCAGCGCCAGCGCCGACGGAAAACAAUCAAAUAAGAUUGAUGUAA